CCACCCACACACACACGCUUGCCUCGCCGCCUCGGCUGCCCCCAGUCCCCCACGCACUUAAACCCCGCCACCUGAUCAAAUCUCCCGUCGACGAACCCAGGAAAAUCCCCAUUUCCGCCCCGGGCCCGAUUCCACAUUGCACUAAUAAGCAUCGAGCAGCAUCUCGCGUCCGAUCCAGCUCCCCUCUGUUCCGGCUCGCGGCACCGGCGUCGAUUGCGCUCGCCGGCCGGCGGGCACCGCCCUAAGGUCGGCGGCGAUGGGGAACCGAACGAGGAGCGGGAGGCGCCGCCGUGCCAGCGGCGGCGGCGGGGGGAGCGCGAGCGGGAGCAAGCGCCCGCGGUGGGUAGCGGAGGAGGAGCUGGAGGAGGAGGAGGAGGAGGAGGCGGCGGGGCCGGUGAAAGGGGAGGACGAGGAACUCUGCUUCGUCUGCAAGGACGGCGGCGACCUCCGCCUCUGCGACUACAGGAGCUGCCACAAAGCUUACCAUCCUGGUUGUGUGGGGAAAGAUGUUGACUUCCUCAAAUCGGAUGAAGAAUUCAUUUGUGAAUGGCAUACAUGCUUUAUUUGCGAAGGACGUUCCCGCUACUAUUGCUUCUGCUGUCCACGGCACACCUUCUGCCAAGGUUGUGUGGCACAGGCGGAAUUUGUCUCGGUCCUGAGGAAGACAAAGGGGUUCUGCAUUGACUGUUUAAGGAUGGUCAUCAUGAUUGAGAAGAGUGUUGAUGUUGACUCUGAUGGGGAGAGGGCCGAUUUCAAUGACAGGGAAACUUAUGAAUUUCUAUUCAAGGAGUAUUGGGAAAUAGUUAGGGACAAGGAGGGCUUGACUCUGGAUAAACUUGAAGCCGCAUAUGCUAUUCUGAAAAGAGGCCAGAACUGCAAACAAGAUUCAGAUUUAGAAAAACUUCACGUUCACGAUGAAGAACACAACUCAGACGAUGACUUUGUGGGCAAUAGUGAUGAUGAUGGUGAAGAGCUGUCUGCCCGAGGCAAAUUAAAUGGAACAGCAAUGAAAAUAAAAUCUUUCCUGAAGAAAGGCAAGUCAAUGAGGAAUGACUUUGUGGGCUGGGCUUCGAAAGAGCUCAUUGAUUUCCUUUUGUCCAUUGGGAAAGAUACAUCAGAAACUCUAGAUCAAUAUCGUGCUGCUGAAGUGGUGAAGAACUACAUUCGACAAAAGGAUUUAUUGCAAAAGGAUAAGAAAAAACUCGUCAUAUGUGAUGACAAGCUCCAGCUUUUGUUCAGGAAAUCAAAAGUAAAGUACAACAAGAUAUAUUACUUGUUAGAAAAGCAUAUUGCUGCAAACAUGAUAUCAGAUGAUGAAAUCCUUGCUAGUUCUGAGGAUAACAGUGAUUCAGUUAUGACAAAGAAAGCUCGUUUUGUGAGCUGUCAGUCCAGUACUCUGAAGCGUACUCCUGAAAUAAACAAGAGAUGUCUCGCUGCUCUUGUUCGUGAUAACAUCAAUCUAAUUUAUUUGAGGAGAUCAUUAGUUAUGGACCUACUAAAGGAGCAAGAUACAUUUGAAAGUAAAGUUGUUGGCUGUUUCGUCAGAAUAAAGAAUAAUCUCAAAGAUUGUAGUUUCCAAAAGCAUAAAAUGUUUUACCGGCUUGGAAAAGUAACAGGCAUUAGGAAAACCACUGAAGAAGACGAGAUGAAAGACACAGCAAAUGUUCUUUUAUGUAUUUUGAACAUGCCUGACGUCAACAUCUCGGUGUUGUCAGAUGAAGAUUUUGAUGAGGAAGAAUGUGAAGAUCUUCGUUUGCAGGCCCAGAAUGAAUCCUUUGAAAGGUAUACUGUGGGUGAUCUUGAGGAUAAAGCAAGAAGCUUACGCAGGGACAUCAUGAGUCAUUGGAUCAAUAAAGAACUUCAGAGACUAGAUAGAUUAAUUGACAAGGCGAACGAGAAAGGUUGGAGACAGGAGAAGGAUGCAUACCUGGAUAAGAAACGGCUCUUACACAAACCAUCUGAACAACAGCGUCUACUUGAAGAGGUCCCACGAGUUAUUCCAGAGAUGGAAGAUAGUAAAGAUACUGAGGUUCAAGUUACAACAAGAGACAGGUCUACUAGGAAGAGCACUGUUGCUUUUCAAGGUACCAAUGCAGAAAGCAUUGUUUCUUUGAAAAGAUGCUCAGAAGAAAAAUAUAAAGGUACCAAUGGGACACGAGCAUCAUUUCUGAAGAGCUGCGCUGAAGAAAAAAUCAAAGAAGGAAAAUAUAAAGGUACUGGCGGGGAGAGAGACCUUUCCUUGAAAAGUUUAUCAGAAGAAAAAUCUGAAGCUACUAACACCUACACUAGUGGUGGUACAGCUGUAAUGGAUACUCAGAAACAGGACACUGAAGGUGCUGAUGGGGGUGUUGAUGGUGAUACAGCUGGAGUGAAUGUUCAAAGGCGGAGCACCGAAGCCACAAAAGCCAACGCUGCUGGUGAUGUACCUGGAACAUUUGUUCUAGUGCAGGGUGCUAAAGCUGCUGAUAUUAUUACAAUUGAUGACGAUGAUGAUCAUCCGUGUGAAAGAAGUGGACAGACAGCAAUUGUCGAUCUAGAAGCCAUCAAUGAUGUUAGGGAUACUCAUGAUGCGCUACACAAGACAAAUGACAUAUCACAUGGAGGCCACGGAAACGUGAAGGUGAAGGGUGGAGCCUCACUGCACAGGCGCUUGUGGCAUUACAUCGAUCCUCAGGGCGACGAGCAAGGGCCUUUUUCAAUGGAGCAACUGUACAAUUGGUGGAACAAAGGCUUCCUGCCCAAUGAUUUCAGAGUCUGGAAGACGGGCCAAACUAGCAACAUGGCCAUCUCGCUCAUAGAUGCUCUGCAGGCGAUCAAUGAGGCGGUGCCAAAUACCGGGCCCCAUGUUGUAGAUGAUUAGAUGUACUUAUGGGUAUAUCGCGGAAAGGGGGAUAGGUCUUCUUAGUUGUAAAUAGAUGUAGUCUUUUGUAAGAUAUUAAACCCUACCCCCAUCCCUGCCCCCACCAAUCAAAAAACCCAGUCACCGAGCAAAACCGAUGCUUUGCCUGGACCUGCCAAGGUGUGGCCUAAUUUGGACUGUAAGCUGCCUCACCCUUUGGCCUAGAUGUAUUUUGUGCCCGGAAAUUGCUUUAGAUGUCUGCUUGGCAUUGGCAUAAAGCAGUUGCGAUCAGAUACCAUGGGUUUAUGUACCGACAAUGCUCUGCGCGGUGGUUUUGAUGGGAAAACAUGCUUUGGUGGAACAAAUAAA